GCAAUGUGACCAGAACGAAGCAUUUGUUGUCAUGUGACCCAUGACAAGCUUUUUUAAACUGUAUAAUACAUUUUACUUUUCUGACGGCCAGCCAUCUUCUUCCACCAACAGGAAUCAGCAAUCAGAUCAGCUACACUAUGGGAAAAAUGCAACUCUUCUACUUCUUGCUGGCUUUUCUAAUCACCGAACAAACAUUGGCAAAAAAACAAUGUAAAUGUGACUCUACUGAUAAUAAUAAGAAAAAUCCAUUACAGAACCAGAGGAAAAGUCAAUUUGCUGAAGGAUAUAAGGAGGAACUUCGAAAAACCUUGCAGAGUAAAAGGGACCCAGGCAAUGUACAGACCAAGUUCUUGUUAUACAAUGAAGAAAGAGACAAAAAUGAAGAAACCGACCAAAACAAUAUCUGUCAGAUUGUUACACUUCAGCCAGAAACUCUGGAGAAAUGUGGCUUUAAUGCUUCUCUUCCUCUGGUGAUAAUGGUUCAUGGAUGGUCGAUUGAUGGUUACUUGGAACCCUGGCUCCCAAAGAUGGCAGCUACAUUCAAGUCAAGUAAUAAGCAAAUGAAUGUUAUCAUUGCCAAUUGGCUAACCUCUGCCCAUGUACACUAUGCAGUUGCUGUGCAAAAUACUCGAUUUAUUGGUCUCGAGAUAGCUGAGUUUCUGGAAUGGCUUGAGUCAUCUGUUCAGUUUCCAAGAAGUGAUGUUCACUUGAUUGGGUACAGCCUUGGAGCUCAUGUUUCAGGAUUUGCUGGCAGCUAUAUGAAUGGAUCGAACAGGAUUGGAAGAAUUACAGGACUUGAUCCAGCCGGCCCUUUAUUUGAAGGAAUGUCUGAAACAGAUCGCUUGUCUCCAGAUGAUGCAACCCUUGUUGAUGCAAUCCAUACAAACACACAACAGCAUAUAGGAUUAAGCGUUGGCAUUAACCAACCAGUUGGCCACUAUGAUUUUUAUCCCAAUGGAGGCAACAUACAACCUGGCUGCCAGUUCAGAGACAUAUACAACCAUUUAGUGGAGUAUGGUCUCCUUGGAUUCUCCGAGUCAGUCAAGUGUGCCCAUGAGAGAUCAGUCAACUUGUUCUUAGAUUCCAUAAAGAAUGAAGAUAAGAACAGCAUGGCAUAUGAGUGUAAAGAUUAUGAUACCUUUGAGAAGGGCAUGUGCCUAAACUGUCAGCGACAUGGCUGUGUUGCCUUGGGGUAUAAUCUUAUUUCAAAGAAAGUGUACCCUGGACGUAGACUCUUUCUGAAGACAGGAUCACAAAUGCCAUACAAAGUUUUUCAUUACCAGUUCAGGAUCCAAAUAACCAACCAAAUUGAGGAUAAACAGUUGAAUCCACAGUUAACAGUUUCCCUGACAGGAACCAAGAAAGAAGUUGACACUGUACCUUUAAUUAUAACUGAAGGUAUAAAAAAAAGCGGAACCUACUCUUUCCUCAUUACACUAGAUGAUGACAUUGGAGACCUGAUGAUGAUCAGAUUAAAGUGGGAUGGUAUUAACAAUAUAAAGAAUUUGUGGUACACCAUUCAGACAAAGAUAGUCGAUCUCCCAGGACUCAUAGUGAAGAAAAUACGGGUAACAGCAGGAGAGACCCAGGAAAGAGUCACAUUUUGCUCAGAAAACAUUGACAACUUCAAACUACUUCCAGAUCAAGUGAGGACUUAUGUGAGAUGCUCAAAUAAACUGAAGAGGAAAAAAUCCCAAAAGUUGUAGACAGAAAAAUGCGGCAUGAGAACAGAAAAAAAAAUCAAUUAAAGAUUCUUUUCUGCUGGCCUGAAAAUGUACAUUUUAUUGAUUUUCCUUCUCCAUCAAAAUAACAGACCAUUGCUCACUUUUUGUGCAAUAUAAAAUAAACUACAUUUUCAGUAGCAAAA